AUGUUGAACAUGAAGCAAAUUAUUUUAAUAAAUUUCUGCUUGUUUAUCUCUGUUUAUACAAUUUCUAUUGGAAAUCAGGCUAUUAUACAAAAGUAAUUUUCAAUUGUGCUUAAGCUAUCUAGAGAAUUCAAGCUUUUAUAGAUUAAAGAACCCUCUUUAUCUGAUUCUAAUUAAUAAAAUGGUGCUGAAGAAAUUUAAGCUGAAAUCGAAGAGGCAGCAACUGAGGAAGUAUUAUCUGAUAAUAACUAAAGUUAAUCAGAAGGCUAGUCUGAAUAGCAAAAUUUGGAAGAAACUAUAGAUGAUUAAAUUGAAGAUAGAGGUCAUCAUGAGGAUGAUUACAUUGAAACCGAAACAAUUUAAAAUGAAGAAGAUGCGAUUAAUGAAUCAUAGAACAACCCUGAAUAAGGUCCACCAACAGAAAAUUCUAAUUUUGAGUAAAACAAUGGUACAGAGUCUACAGCUAAUUUUGAAGAUAUUUUCUAAGAGGUAACUCAUGUUAUUGAGACUAACCCAUCAAGUGAUUCUGAAGAAAUUAUUGAACUUAUUACUGAUUAUGUGGAAGAUGUGCGUGAAACAUCUGAAAAUGAGACUGAUUAAGUUUAAAACAAUCAGAACUUAACUAAUGAAACGGCGAUUCUAUAAGAUGUACAUGAAGAAAGACAAGAGCUUCUCGAGGAACAUUUGCACCCCGAGCUUCCCCUAUCUAAUUAAACAGAAAAUAAUUUCAAUAACAACUCUUCUGUUUCAGAAAAAUUGAAUGGCACGACUAACUAUAUUUGUAAUAAAACAUUAGAAUGCUCUUAGAAUUAUUCUCAGGAAUUGUUAUUGAAGAUAGUAGCUAUUGAAGAAAGCUUCUAAACAGCUAAUCAAUAAGUAGCACAAGCUUAAGCAAAUCUUGAGUAAUUAUAAAAUCAAGCAAAAUUGAUCGCUUAAGCAUUAGAGGAUAUAAAAUAAUAAUUAAAUUGUAGUCAUCAAGCUAAUAAUUAAUCUGAAAUUGCUUAAGAAGAAGAAGUUGAAGUAAUUAUACAGCAUGAAGAUGAAGCAGCUCGUGAGGAAUUAAAUGAAGUAGUUAAUGAUGCCAUUGAAUAACAGGAAUUGAUUUCAGAAGUACAAGAAGAACCAGCAUAAACAAAUAUUUAGACUUUAGAGAUUUUCGAACAAGGAUAAGAAGAAUUAAUUGAGAAUAACUUGAUCGAGUUAAGCCAUAAUUAUAACUAAGGAUAAAUUGGAUAAACAUAAUUAAUUCAGAAGAGACUCCAAUAGUUUAGCCAAACUAAACAAUCUACCAUUUGA